AGAAUUUCAGUUGUUUUAUGUCACUCCCUUAAUCACCUGGGAAGGGGCGUCAGAUAUAUUCGAAGUGCAUUUUCUGUUCAGCAAUUAGUGCAACUCGUCAUCUCUUCCUUCUUCUUUAUUCAAGAAUAGCAGAAAAUGGGGAAUUUCUUUAAAACGAGAAGUGUAUUUCUUUUUGCUUUAUCGUUGCUUGCUGUCUUAGCCUUGAUAGAAUGUGAGACGGAUCCAGAAUUUACUGAUACUCUGCCAUCAUUUAUAUGUCCUAAAAGUGGAACAAAUGAUCCUCUUCCAAGUUUUCCUCCUACUUUUUCUGCUGAUACUCGACUCAACUUUCCAAACAAACAAUUAACAGUAGAACUUCGCCAUUAUAAGGAUGAAGCAGGAAAACGGGAAAGUUUGGAGAUUUUUGCACCAGGAAGACAUGUCAAAUACGUAGUUCAUGACAAACAGCAUCUUCUCAUAAAUUUCCCAGAUAAUGAUUAUGCAACCUGCUCUGUGACAAGUUCUUCAACAAUACAGUUGGAGGAUGAAGAUAGCGGUCCAAAUGGAUUUCUUCAAAAAGUACUGGAUGUUACAAAAAAACCCAACGAAUUCUUUCUUGCAGAUUCCGGAGUAAACAAUGGCGUAUUCUCAAAGAAAUGGGAAGGAUGUUUUGUAAACCCAAAAAUAAACGUUUCAAUUCGUUUCUCUGAAGUUGACUGGAAAAAUCCUGGAAACGAUACAAAAAAUAAAAGACUACCUGUUAGUAUGGAAGCUCAAAUCGACGGUGAUUUUGUUACUGGUUUAAUAGACAAUCUUCAAGCAAGUAUGCCUGAUGAUAUAUACUUCCAGCCACCAGCAGAUGUAUAUUGCCCAGGCUUCAGAGAGGAUGUGAAACCACCCGAGUUUCCAGAUUUUUUUUCAUAUGACGGCGAAUUGAUGAUGUUUGAAACUAGAACCGAAGUUAUUCCUUUUGUCUCUCAUCGUUCAGUUUAUUAUGACUACCCAGCCGGAAUCUCCAGAGUUGAUUACCACGAUCCUCUAAGUGAAAUUGAAGAUUCUGCAGAAGACAAAGUAGUAGCAAAAGGCAUUUCUGUAAUACAUGACUUCAAUUCAAGAAUUCAAUAUAGUUUUAUGUUACCAACUUGGCAAUGUGAAGUAGAAGAAUUUGAAACUACAGCAGAGAUUGUUGAAGAAAAGGAAACUAAGGAAACGGCUAUGAUAACUGCAAAACAAUAUUUUGCUCUUGAUGUGAAAAAAAUAUCAUACAAUGGUCAAUUCAUGCAUCGUGGUUAUUUGGCUGAUGUUUUUACAGCAACGGUACAGCAUUUUGACGGAUCGGAUGGAAAAAACAUUUACUCCUGGUUUUUCUCUUCUGUCCAGACGAAAAUUGUGCAAAAUGAAAAACUAGAGAAGAAUGUUCUGCUUCGAAUGCUCGUCCGACCUGAAAGUGGCUCUAAGAGACGUGAUCGAAUUGAGUUGAAUAUAUACAACUUUGAAACACAAGAGCCAACUGCCGAUGUGUUUGAUAUUACAAACUGCUACGAUGAAAACCUUUCCAAAGCAUACGUUAUAACUUUCCCAGCCAAUAAUGCUUUAAGAGGGUCUGAAAAAAUUUUGAAGUUAGCUGCCCACUUAGCUUUGAAGGAAGCCACUGGUCUCAGUAAACAAAGAAUAUUUGUCUCAGAGACUGUGUUUAACAAACAGUUUUUGUUUGUUGAAUUCAAACUCUUAGAAGCUCCAACUUCAUUGAAACCAAAUGUCACAAAGAAGGAAAUGUCUCUUGCUGAUGCAGCUGCCAAAUUAAAAAAGUCUGUCCAGGAUGGAUCAUUUAAGCUAUCUGUUUCGGCUGAUUCUGGACUUAUUACACUCAUACCUCAAAAAGAUGGCUUUAAUGAAUUCUCUGGAGAUCGCAAAGUACAAGAUACUAGUUCAUUUAGUCAGGGAAGCGUCGUUGGCUUGACAAUUGGCAUGCUGCUCUUAGGUUUUGUUCUGGGAGGCGUAGCAUUAAAUUUGAUUGUGAGCCGAAAGUUUGGUGUUUCGUUGUUCAAACGCUAAAAUUCUGGAAGGAAUAACUUCAAUUAUCUUUUGAAUGAAAACACGAUGUAAUGUUAUCUCCAUAUUAUAAGAGACUCUAAGAAAUAUAUUGUAAAUAUGUUUAUAAUUUAUUUUCGUGUGAAAAUGUCUUUAUGUAUCAUUGAAACAAAUAAAGGAUUUUGAAUAUUUCUGAUAA